AUGGAGGCUGAGGGGAUAACGCAGACGGAGGUGACGGUGAGGAAGGUUGGUGGGAGCGUGGGGUCGGAGAAGGAGCUGUUGGAUAGCAGCAGCAGCGGCAGCGGGAGCAGCGGGAGGCGGGCGGGUGAAGAUAAGGAGAAAGGGGGAGCGUUCGAGUAUUUCGGAUGGAUUUAUCAUUUGGGGACGAAUUCGAUUGGGCACGAGUACUGCCAUUUGCGAUUCUUGUUCAUCAGAGGGAAGUAUGUCGAGAUGUACAAGCGCGAUCCUCACGAGAGCCCCGGCAUUAAGCCCAUUCGAAGGGGUGUCGUAGGGCCCACUCUUAUGGUCGAGGAGCUAGGGCGUCGGAAGGUCAAUCAAGGGGAUGUUUAUGUCAUACGCUUCUACAGCCGACUGGACGAGACAAAGAAAGGAGAAAUUGCUUGUGCUACGGCUGGAGAAGCUCGAAAAUGGAUGGAGGCAUUUGAUCAUGCAAAGCAACAGGCUGAAAUUGAGCUUUCAACUGGUCGGAGUCCAAGAAACAGGCUAAGCAUUGAAAAUGAGAUCGAUCUAGAAGCCCAUCGACCCAAAAUGAGGCGUUAUGCACAUGGAUUAAAAAGGCUUAUCAGGAUAGGGCAAGGUCCGGAAACAUUGUUGCGACAGGCCUCAAAUUUGGUUGGCAAUGUCAAGUCAGAUGGAUUUUUUGAAGCUGAGAGUGAAGAUGUUAUUGAAGUACACCAGUGGAGAUGUGUUCGCACUGUAAAUGGUGUUCGAAUUUUUGAGGAUGUGUCUAAUCCCAAGAGUGAUAAAGGUACCCUCAUAAAAGCGGUUGGUGUUGUUGAUGCAAGUGCUGAUACUGUUUUUGAUGUAUUCAUAAACCUUGAUCAACAACAAAGAUAUGAAUGGGACACGUUGACAGGGGACUUGGAGCUCUUAGAUUCCUAUGAUGGACAUUAUGAUGUUCUGUAUGGCACAUACGAUCCGAAGUAUCUUACACGGUGGAAAUCCAACAGAGAUUUUGUCUUCUCUAGGCAGUGGUUCCGUGGACAAGAUGGGGCAUACACAAUCCUGCAAUUUCCUGCUGUACAUAAGAAGCGACCCCCUAGUUCUGGAUAUCGACGGACAAAAAUAAACCCUUCAACUUGGGAGAUAAGAAAUCUGAGUGCGCCAAUGGGUUCUGCCACAGCAAGAUGCAUCGUGAGCCAAAUGUUAGAGAUAAAUCAAGCUGGCUGGUGUAAAUGGAAACAAAACAGCUGCGCCAAGUUUGAAAAAACUAUUCCUUAUGCCUUGUUGAGUCAGGUGGCAGGUUUGAAAGAAUAUGUAGGAGCAAGUCCUGCGUUGAGAGUGGAAUCUUCUACAACUGUUGUUCGUUCAAAAUUUUCUGAUGCCUCCAUGAGUCCCAUUGACUAUGAUGAUGCAGAAGUCAAUGAUGAAUUUUAUGAUGCUAUUGCUGGAGAAUCAUCAUCGUCGUCAGAUGAAGAGGAAGGCAGUAGCAAAAAUUCACACUCGAAAAAGGAUGGGAGGGUGAAACUGAAAAAUGUUUCAUGGGCUAUUGCAAGCUUAGCUUUGAAGAGAAAUUCAGCUCCAGGUGCGGAGGAAACUUUAGAUCUUAAUGUACCUCCGGUCAUUAUUGAACCAAGUGAAUUCAAGGGUUCUCUUCACAAAGGAAAGGAUGAAAAAGAUUCCAACUGUUGGACUUCUCCGAAUGGAUCAGGAUUUAAGAUCAGAGGGAAAACGUAUCUAAAGGAUAACUCUAAGGUGGUGGGUGGAGAUCCCCUUCUCCAGUUAAUAGCAGUUGAUUGGUUCAAAGUUGACAGAGCCGCAGAUGGGGUUGCAGUGAAUCCCAAGUGUUUAUUGCAGACAGCAGCUGGGAAGCAGCUUCCUUUCGUUCUGGUUAUUAAUCUACAGAUUCCAGCAAAACCCAACUACAGUUUGGUACUCUACUAUGCUGCAGAUAGGCCUGUGAACAAAGCAUCUUUGUUGGGGAAGUUUAUUGAUGGGACAGAUAUGUUUCGAGAUUCAAGAUUCAAAUUAAUUCCCAGUAUCAUUGAGGGUUAUUGGAUGGUGAAACGUGCUGUUGGAACGAAAGCUUGCCUAUUGGGCAAAGCUGUAACUUGCAAGUACCUCAGACAAGACAACUUUCUGGAGAUCGAUGUGGAUAUCGGGUCAUCAUCAGUUGCAAGAAGUGUCAUUGGCCUUGUUCUCGGAUAUGUUACAAGCUUAGUUGUUGAUCUUGCCAUUCUCGUUGAGGGGAAGGAAGAGGCCGAGCUGCCAGAGUUCGUCCUAGGUACCGUGAGGCUGAACAAACUGAAGCCCGAAACUGCUGAAACUUUGGAGGUUUGA